GCCCUCGUCCCUUCAGGGAAUCCAGGUUUUUGUCGGGGGGCAAUAUCGAAGGGACAGUCACGUGUCGAGAGACAGGGGCCCUGCAGCCGAUGCUAUGCGAAGUCGGUGCUCUCUCGGCAGGUCCAACCUCGCAGCCAGAACCACCGAGAUUCCUCAACGUUGAGCCGCCCCUUAGCUUCAUGGGUUGAACGAUACACAAAGAUGGCGAGGUUUUCGACAAUCUCCCGCCGCUUCCUGUGCCGCCAUGCCCGGGUACGAAACGCCCGGACAUUUGCGACGGCAUCGGACCAGCGCCCCUCGUUCGACAACCGUGUGAAGCUCGUCGAGGUCGGACCCCGCGACGGCCUGCAGAACGAGAAAAAGGCCAUUCCGCUAGCCACCAAACUCGACCUAAUUGAGCGCCUCGCAAAAACGGGACUAACGACAAUUGAAGCCGGUUCGUUCGUUUCACCAAAAUGGGUGCCACAGAUGGACAACUCCUCCGAAAUCCUCCAACACCUGCUCAAGUCCCCACCGUCCUCCCCGAACCCCUUAACCUUCGCCUUCCUCGCCCCGAACCUCAAAGGCCUCAACAACACGCUCUCCAUCCUCUCCCAGCACCCAGGCGCCUUCUCCUCGGGCACCAACCCGCCAAGCCAAGCCAAGCCCGCCGUCGAGAUCGCCGUUUUCGCGGCUGCGACCGAGUCCUUCUCGCAAAAGAACCUCAACUGCGACAUCGCCACGUCCCUGGCGCGCUUCAAAGAGGUGAUCCAAGCCGCCAAGGACAACACUGCCGGCGGCGGCGAAGGGGGACGCGCUGCGCUGCGGGUGCGCGCGUACGUGUCAGUGGUGCUGGGGUGUCCGUUUGAGGGUUACGACGUGGACCCGCACCGGGUGGCCGAGAUCGCGACGGAGCUUUUGGGGUACGGCGCCGACGAGAUUGCGCUGGGGGACACGACGGGCAUGGGCACGGCGCCGCGCACCAAGGAGCUGCUCAACUGCCUGCGCGCGGCGGGCAUCCGCAACGAGGACCUCGCCAUGCACUUCCACGACACGUACGGCCAGGCGCUGGUGAACACCGCCGUGGCGCUCGAGCACGGCAUUCGAAAGUUUGAUUGCAGCGUUGGCGGGCUCGGCGGGUGUCCGUACUCGCCCGGUGCGACGGGCAAUGUGGCCACGGAGGAUAUGGUGUAUUUUAUGGAGACCCUGGGUAUGGAGACCGGGGUGGAUCUGGACAUGGUUUCGGAUGUGGGUGAGUGGAUUGCCGCCGAGGUUGGGAGGGGGAAUGAGAGUAGAGUGGGCAAGGCCGUCUUGGGGGCCAGGAGGAGGGCGGAGAAGGAACAGGGCGGGAAGUGAAGGUAUGUCUGCCGUGUCGUAGACAUUAGGACCGGGGGCUACUGGUGGUAACGCCUCUGUGCUGUUCUGGGACUUAGCUGAGGAGAGCGAUUGUAGGGCAGCACAAUGGUUGGGGCGCGUUGGCCUGUCCAUUGUGUGUGAAGGAAAACAGUGGCCGGGUGGAAGGCCAAUCAUCCUACAGUACAUAGAGACUUGUAGCCUUUACAAGAUCAGCCAUAUAGUCGAUAUAAGCUCUAUUGGUCU